AUGGAUUCAAGAGAAGUGAAAAUAGAGCAAAUGGACACUGGAAACGAGCCGACGUCACCACUCGGUCCGUUGGAUCCGUCGAGAUUGAGGGAUAUGGUGGUCGAUCAACAGCAUUUCCCUAGUCAACACCAUCCGCCCAAUGUGAUGCCGGCUGGGCAAAUGAGCUGGCAAUCGGAGCAAACAAUGCGACCAACACAUAUGCAGGGCAUUCCGAUGGAUGUCCAGCAAACAUCACAAGGCCCACCACAAUCAACUCCACAAGGACCGAUUCCCCCGCAAUCGCCAAUGGGUAGCCCGGCACAAAUGUCGAUGAACCCUAGUCACAACCCUCAAUCACAGCAACCGCAAGGAUACGAUGCUUUACCUGGCUAUCCCCCACAUCAACAACAUCAACCACCAUAUCAAAUGCCACCGCAAAGUCCAAGUGGCGCUCAAAUGCCGCCCACUGCUGGCCCAAUGCCUUCACCUGGAAACCCAAUGUAUCAACAACGAAUGAUGCAAAUGCAAGGCCAAUCAAUCCAUCCACAACAGUAUCCACUUUAUCCACAAAAUGGUCAAUGGCCACAACCGGGCACAGCGUAUCCCCAGGGUGGCCCUAGGGUGGCGGCUCAGCCACAAGGAAUGCCACAACAACGACCGAUGCCCAUUCACAGAGUACCAUUUCCAGGUGGUCCAGGUUAUCCGGCUGGUGUACCACAAGGAGCCGCUUUCCGGGGAGCACCGACCCGACCUGGACAAUAUCCACCGGGUGCUGCCCCGCCAGGUUAUGGAUAUCCCGGUCAACCAUCACAGGGUUAUCCACCACAGGGAAUCCCAGCUGCAUAUCAAAGACCGCCACAGUCUCAACCAAUGCGUCCUUACAUCAAUUCACCCCAGACAGCAAUGAUGGGAGCGAACGUCACACCCAAAAUGCCAUACUCAAAGAAAUUUACCGUUUCUCUU